AUGGCGACGCAGAAAAUUAAAAAUUUGGUGGUGCCUCCUUAUAUAGAUAAAUAUGUAUCUCAGAGCGUAACUGAUUCACAAUGGAUUGCUGCGCUUAAUAUUUGGACUUCAAGUCUUUCCUUGAUUUUAAAAUCAAAUGAUAUAGAUUUUGCAAAUUAUUUAUUUCAUAAUGAGUCUCUUCAAAAGUUUUUGGAGUCGUUUUUGGGAAUUCGUGCAAAAAUUCGUAGAUUUGAAAUUAUGCAAACUAGACAUUCAAUGGAGGUGGAUUUAGAUAAAAAAGUUUUAGCAAUAUUAUUACGCCUUUCAGAACCAUCAAUUUCUUCGAUCCAAAUGAAAAAUGGAAUUACAUUAGGGGAAGCAUUGUAUCAAAAUAAUUUAAUAUCAGUACCAUUUCUACUUGAUGUAGUAGCAAUGUAUGGUAGAUCAAAUACUAAACAAAUAGAGAAAUUCAUUGAUAAUACGAUCAAAUCUGUAACAAAAAUAAUUCAAGAUUUUGAAAUGCAUUCCAGUACGAUUGUUAACUAUAUAAAAGUCAUAGGUGACAAAUUUCAAGAAAUAGCUGACAGUGAAAAAACAAGUAAAGGUGUUAUAUUUGAUAAAAAAAAGCUUGCCAAUGCUCGUACUUAUUUAGAAUAUAUGUUGGAUAUCUCUAUCACUUUGGAUUGUUUAUUCAUAGUUUCAAAAUCCGUGGCUAAUAUAUUCAACGAUAGACAAGACUUUGAGGAUAAUGUUGAUUUUUUAAUGACAAUAGAGAAUUUCUAUGAUAAUAUUAUACCGAUAAUUUCGAAAAUCUUUGAAUCUGAUAAAAAAUUCUCGGAUAUUUCCAGGGAUUUAAUUAUUUUGAAACAUGCAUUAGUGUCACUUACAUUCCACACUUUAAAUGCAUGCUAUUUUAGUCCAGUAGGAUUCACGUCCAACGAAGGUGAUGUAUAUUCAUUUGUCAAAUCGGAUGACAAGUUAGAAGACAUAGAAAAUAUAAAUUCUAAGAUUGAAAGGAUGGGUGAUGUGCUUCUUUUUUUCAUUGAAUCUUCCCAGUUGGACAAGCCAGUUGAAUCUCUUGUAGAUGCGCCAUUACUUUUAGACAUUGAAAUUGAAUUUGAUUUGAGUGGAAAAUUAAUAAGAAUAAAAAAUGAA